UUCCCUCUAUGAGAAUUGAACCGUUUCCGCUCCCACGUCACAGGCCUUACCUAUCUCCCCGUGGCAUUUUUCUGAUUGUUCAUCCUCGCUUCUCUUCUUUCAGCCAUCCAUGGCGAUUACUCUCAACCUUAGACCUACAGCCAUAAUCUUUCCCUCCUCAAAUCCUCCUUCAGUGUCUUCUGCUUCUUCAGUCUCCUUGAAAAACCCCUCCAAGUCGGCCUUCCUUAGUCCCAUCCCUUCAGCAAUUUUCCAUCACCUGAAACCUCCUCCCACCCUCACCCGGAGGCUUCUCCUUCCUUCAGUCUCCGGCAUCUGGGACGCUUUAACCGGAGGCUCCAACAAUGCCCGUGAAGCUGUGCUUUCAAUUCGACGUGGAAUGCUUCUCUUUAGGCAGGGUGAUGUCUCGGGGUCUUUAGCGGAAUUCGACAAGGCAAUUGCGUUGGACCCUCGUCAAAAGGCAUAUCUUUGGCAAAGGGGACUAUCACUAUACUAUCUCGACAGAUUUGAAGAAGGAGCGGAGCAAUUUCGGUUAGAUGUUGCACAAAAUCCAAAUGAUACAGAGGAGUCCAUAUGGUGCUUUCUGUGCGAAGCUCAACUGUAUGGAGUGGAUGAAGCAAGGAAGCGAUUUCUUGAGGUUGGCAGCGACCGGCGGCCUGUUAUGAGGGCAGCAUAUAAUAUGUUUAAAGAUGGUGGGGAUCCCGAGAAGGUGUGCUUUGCUUUGAUGCUUUUUGACUCACGAUGGAAUACAUACAUGUUGUGGCUGCAUUUUCCCAAGGCCGAGAAAAUGAGUCUUUUUAUGCUUCACUAUAUGCUGGGCUUUAUUACGAAUCUCAGGUAUUCCGGCAACUCCUUAAAUUUCCCUGUAUUUUUUUUCCCCACCAUACUGAUAUGCCUCUGAACUAUGACCUAAUAAAAACUAACAAAGAAAGAAAAGAAGCAUGGCCCUCUUCACGGACUGUUGCUGCUUUUAGAGGGCAUGCCUGAUGGAGAUCAUGGUGCCAAGUUGCCGUCAUGUACAUCUAUGACUCUUAAGUCAAUAUAGAGAUAUUUCUCUAUGACUUGGUGCUGAUUUUAUGGUUUAUGCCAAGAUAGAUAAUUGGUUUUAUUAUUGGGUUCUUUCUUUCUUUCUUUUUAUCAUAACUCAAGAAAGCUAUGCUGUUUCAGUAGUACUCAUCCUAUUCUUACUUUGACAUUUUCAGAGGCUUUAUUCGAAUCUUUCUUUCUGUUCUAUUUUCAUGUGUCUUUUAUUAUACAGAUGUUUGAAUAAAGAAGCCAUUGCACAAGGAUUUGAUAAA